UGUUGAUCUCCAUGGAGACGCCACAACAAAUCAGCACGGAGGCAGAGAUUUAGCAGCACCGAAGGAGCUGCACUUUACAGUUGGUGUUAUUAAUGUGAAUGAACAGAAGGGUCGGCCAUGUGUAACGUGUAUCGAGCUUCCUCCUCCGUCAAAGUGAAGCAGAUGGAGGCAGAGCUGUCACGUCAGCUGGCGGCACUCAGAGCAGAAACUGAAGAGCGUGGAUUUCCAGCGGGAGCAGGGACCUCCAGCUCUUACAGUUCUGUUGCACCUCCCAGAGACGUUUCCUUCUUUCGUGUGGAGAGGGAACAUGCACUGAGGAGAGGACUGCAAGUGGCCGGAGCUUUUCCGGUUCAGUCCCAGGCUGACGUCAUGCAGAGGGAGCUGGAGAGCUGCUUGAGUUUGGAGUACACUCCUGACAGUCUGCCUCUUCUGCUGCACCAGUUCUACACGGACAGAUCCUUUCACCUGGCUCAGAUCAAACAUCAGCUCAUGCUGCGAUGGAGGAGAUUUUGCCGCCACACCAGCGUCAUCGAGAAGCUUUACCCUCAUUAUAAGGUUACGAUACCUGCAUCAGCAUAACCUGAGCCUGAGCGUAACAAUACAUACGACAUCAUUCUGGGAUCGCCCUGGCUUUACCAACAGCACGUCAUGUAUUCUUUUCCACACAAGUGUUUCACUGGAUGCGAAAUUAGUACACGCCCCCAAGUGCAGCAUGAGUCAUCAGUGUUUUUCAACCAUUUUCUAGAAAAUUUUGCUUCACUUCUGCUUCACACAGACAUUUGUGUUCCGGAUCCAUGUGAUUAGAUUUAAAUUUAAAAUAAUGUCAGUUCAGAAUAGAGAAAUAAAUGUUAGAGCUGUGUCAUAAAAAUAUUAAAAGGCAAACAAAGCAAAGAGAAUCUCUCUGUAGAUCUUAUGCAGAUGUGUGAACUUAUGAGCAUAAUUUAAGACUCGAAGCUUUUUAAAGUAACGGAGGAGAUAGAAGGAAACUUAAGAAACACCGAUAAAAAAAUGACGACCCUUUUAUUCCCUUUCCCCGUUUGGCUUUCCAGCUGAUUGGUUUUAUUUUUUCAGGAUCAGGUGUCGUACUUGGCUCUUGAGUACGAGGACACCGUUCAGAGAGCUCGCCGGCUCUCAGCGAGCAGAGAGACGAUCCUCACCGGCCGAGGAAACCCUGCCAGCCUGCUCACACAGGACGAUGUGGUCAUUUACUUGAAGUGGCUGAUCUGCCAUCUGCACUCUGUCCAGACCAUUCACAACUUCCUCACGGUCCUGCACUACAUACCAGCAUGUGAAA